UUUAUGUGAAUAUUUUUGAAAAAUGGGAUGUUUUAAUGCAAUAUUUCAAAAAGCGGACAUCUUAAGGCGGUGCUGGACAACAUAUAUACCCAUAUAGCACGCCUAAAUAUGGUUUCCAUUGCAUAUACGUAACAUAAUUUCAAUUUCAACUAAUACAUAUCGGAUAUGUAUUUGACAUGAAACGAUGGAAGCAAAUUUAAUUUCAAUUUGCUUCCAUAUGAUUUCCUGUGAAAUGUAGAUCUGUUAUGUGUCUGAAGUGAAAUAAAUUCGUAUCGCUGUUACGUAAUUCCAAGAUGGUAUCAGUUUGGUGUCGGAUAUGUAUUUAAUGUUAAAUUAUUAUUCUCAACACAAGAAUUACGUACGUAAGUUAAUGCAGUCACAUCAAAAAUUAAAUUAUUAUUAUCCUGAUAAAAGAUUAUUUACAGCAGUGUAAAUACGGUAAAACGAUAAUAUACGUAUUUAUAAUAUACAGGGUAUUCAUUAAUGAUUGUAUUUAUGUUUUUACCAUAAGAGAUGACUUAUCGACUUCACUUGUAACUUACUAAACGCUCCUUAGAUGACAGCUACGUACCUCGUCAGCCAAACGUGAACAAACAGAUUAUUCGGAGAGUCUGCUAUCAAUUUCUAUUGCUAGAAUUCACACAGAUUCUGCAAUAUCUGUCAGCAAACAGCUGUCACAAAUAGGACAGAAACUGUUGGCAUCAUAUGCUGGCAGCUCGCUUGCAUAGUGCUGUCAUUCUACUGGCAAAUAGGAUCACGUAGGACAUCAACAGGUUCUGUUAACAGAACGUAAGCAGAAUUUGAGAUCAGUUUGAGUUUAAAUCUGCCAACACGUCUUGAUCGAAUCUGUCGCCAGCUUGCUUACACAGUACUAACAUUUUGUUGACUGGCAUUAAUUAUGUCAGGCCGUAAGAAAUAUUCGUCGUAUUCCAAAAGUCAUCGCAGAUAUUUAGUUGCCAUUGAAACUCGGAAUGAUUUGGACAGAAUUCUGAAUUGUGAAGACAAUCAUAUUCAAGAAGUCACUGAUCAUGGGUUAUCAAAUGAUAUGCUGCAGGCUGCUAGAUCUCUUCAAUCCAAUGGCGAUAAUUCUCCAUCUAUAUUACCUGAUAAUAAAUAUCAUGAACCUGAAAAUGUAAGCUUAGAUAAUGACCCAGAUAAUGACCCAUUAUCUGACGAUGAAGAUAAUUAUUAUGACUGUGAUAUGUUUGAAGACGAUGAAGAUCUUAAUAUUAAUGCUACUGGUACUAUAGAUAGUACAAUUAAUGAAUGCUCCAAUAACUUAGAAAUAGUUAAUAAUGCGAUACCAAGAUCUAGCUUAUUGAAUAAAAGUGAAAGAGAAGGAUUCAUAUUGGAAUUAAGACAUUGGGCAAUAAAAUAUAAAAUUUGCCUAAAUGCAAUCAGUGACCUUUUCCAGAUAUUAAAAAAGCAUAUUUCGUUGUUAUCUUUUUUGCCUAAUGAUUUCAGAACAUUUUUAAGAACACCGCGCGAAAGUCAUAUAAUUAAUUUAGCAGGAGGAUUAUAUUGGCAUUAUGGUUUACGUAAUAUUGUAGAAAAAAUAAUUAUCCAAUAUGAAAAAUUGGCACCCCCAUCAAAUAAUAUAAAUUUACUUUUGAACGUAGAUGGUUUACCUUUAUCAAGAUCUUCUAAAGUUUCAUUUUGACCUAUUUUAGUAUCAGAAGUACAUUUGAAGGAAGUUUAUAUGGUAGGCUGUUACUACGGAAAUGACAAACCGAACAGUGCUAAUGAUUUUUUAAAAGAAUUUGUUCAUGAAUUAAUUAGUAUAAAUGAUAAAUUGCCUAUACAAGUUUCACUUUAUGCAAUUGUUUGUGAUGCUCCGGCAAAAUCUUUUAUAUUGUCCACUAAAGGUCACACCGGGUAUGCCAGUUGUUCUAAAUGUUGUAUUUAUGGCGUAUAUAAAAAUGGUUCAGUUUCUUUUGUUGAACGUGUUCCGAAUCGUCUUCGAACUGAUACGGAUUUUCUGAAUCAAACGGAUAUAGAUUAUCAUAAGAGGGAAACAAUAUUAACAAUGAUUAAUAAUUUAGGUUUAGUAUCAAAUGUACCUUUAGAUUAUAUGCACUUUAUUUGCUUGGGAGUCGUUAAGAAAUUAUUGCUUUUAUGGAUAAAAGGCCCUUUAUCGGUACGUCUAAAUUCUGUUAAAAUUCAACAAAUUUCAGAAUUAUUAAUAAAAAUGAGAAAACGAACUCCUAAAGAAUUUGUAAGAAAACCAAGAAGUUUAAAUGAUAUGUAUUGGAAAGCUACAGAAUUUCGCCACUUUUUAUUGUAUAUAUUGUGUUAAAAGGAAUUGUAGAGCAUAACAUCUAUAUUAAUUUUUUAACUUUACAUGUAGCUAUAUCGAUUCUCAUUAGUCCAAAAUUGAUUAAAAACCACAAUAAUAUUUUAUAUGCUAAAAACCUACUGAUUUAUUUUGUAAAUUCUUUUAUAGUCAUAUACGGAGAAAAUUUUGUAUCACACAACAUUGUCACGUCCGUGACGUUGCGAGUAUAAAUUUUUUCGACACCGGUACAAAACAGACGGGCAAGCCAGCAUUCGCUAACAAAUCUAACUGUCAG